AUGUUUAUCAAGAAGUUGACCAGGUUGAAGAAGAGGUUGACCACUCUGACGAAGUCGACCAGGUUUACGGAGAAGUUGACCGCGUCGAAGAGGACGUUGGCGGCGGUCGUGCUGGCGAGCGUCCAGAAGAGCCCGGCCACCCUGCCCACGGCGACCACGGCGGCCACCCUGCCCACGGCGACCACGGCGACCACGGCGAGAGCGACUGCGGCGACACGGAUGCCCACGAGGGCCCCGAGCGCCACCGGGACGUCCCUGGUGAAGGGCGGUGGCGGCAGCCUCUUCGAGGUGAACGGUGCGGAGGUGGCCCGCCAGCGUUACCUGGACAACAUGCUCCCGCCGAGCGUCAACCACCAGCCUCGGCCGCGUCGCCCGAACACGCCAGGCUCGCCGUGGCCGCCCCACCAGGGUGCACCUUGGGCCUGGCUCAGCGGGCUCCACCCCUGGGCGCUGGCGCCACAGCACCAUGGGGGUCACGUGUUCCAUGGGGGGCACGUGUUCCAUGGGGGGAACGUGUUCCAUGGGGGGCACGUGUUCCCACAAGCGGACUCGGCAGCUGAAGUUCCAGACCAGGGGCAGCCCAUCGUGCCUGAAGGGAACCCGGGGCCUUGUGCUGCAUCCCCGUGCCAGAACGGGGGCUCGUGCUCCCCCCGCGGGGACCUCUUUGUGUGCGAGUGUCCACCGGGGUUCACCGGAGACUCCUGUGAGAUCGACGUGGACCAGUGUCUGCCGGAGCCGUGCCGUAACGGGGGCACGUGCGUGGAGUCCCCGGGGGGAGCCCCCACCUUCAGCUGCCUCUGCCUGCCCAGCUACCACGGCCGACUCUGCGAGCUCGACUCUGCGAGCUGCCCCGCCGGGUGGCGCAAGUUCCGCUCGCAGUGCUACCGUCACGAGGGGCGCCGCCGCUCCUGGGCGGAGGCAGAGGCCGGCUGCCGUGCCCGCGGGGCUCACCUCGCCAGCAUCAACUCGCCCGAGGAGCACGCCUUCAUCACCGGUCUCGCCGAUGACUACCAGUGGAUUGGACUCAACGACCGGGCGGUUGAGCGCGAUUUCGUGUGGAGCGACGGCCUUCCGCUGGUCUACGAGAGCUGGCGGUCUGAGCAGCCGGACGGGGCAGCACCAGGCGGCGAGAACUGCGUGGUGAUGAUCUGGCAUGAGGGCGGCAAGUGGAACGAUGUGUCUUGCUCGUACCUAUUCACCUCCACCUGCAAGAAAGAGCCCGAUCACAGACGUGGGCGGAAGGAACGGUCGGCCCCCCGACGGCGCCUUCGCCGUGCUCCAGACAGAACGCGGCCGCGCAAGGCCUCUCGCCACCACAAUCACCGCCAUCGCCUCCACGAGCACCACCACGGCAGUUGCAGACACACACACAACAGAGAGGCCGCGGACUGACGGCGCCGCGAGCUGCCGAGCGGUGGCACCGAGUCCGAUCGCGAGGCUGGGGGAGGAUGGUGCUAAUUGAUUGUCGUCGGUGGCAAGGGCGUGAGCAGCUGUGGCUCGUGGUUCCGGUUUGAGGAGGUGGCAGCCUUCAUCCUGGAGUUUCCACUCUUGGGUAAUGUGAGCAGGCUAGGUAGAGCAGGCGAAACGAAUGCGAUGGCAGUGACUUGAUCAGAACGCCCUCCAUCAGACACAACUGCAUUGACAUCCAUACAGCUUCCCAGGAGGAGGCUCGGUCUAUUGGAAUCCACACACCGGUGCUGUAUUAUAUAUUAUAAUACUCUGAACUUCAGAAUGCCGAGUAGUUGUUCACGACCUGCGAGCGUCACCUGGAAGUGAAAAGCCUGAAAAUAAGUUUUCGUAGCCUUCUCGAACUGGAGCCACAUGCACUGACAGACGUGAGACUAUGCGGGUUAGGGAAGGUUUGUCUUGUCCGCUGUUCUUUUUAUAAUUUUAAAAUAUAUCAUUUGCUACCCCAUGCCUGCAGAGCAUGGCUUAUUGUGGGUUUAAUUUGGCAGCUCACAUGCAGUCCCUCGUCCAUGCAGUUGCCUCAAAAGUGCCGUAAUAGCCGCAGGCAAAAGUUGAAAUGUGCUCGAUGUGUUCACGAGGUGCAACCGUGCCAUGGCAUUGAGCACGUGUUUAACAUGAGAUAAAUAAUAGAGCCAAACAGUAGCAUCAUAUUUUAUCAUCCACAUACACUGUAUUGUCUGCAGAAAUCCAAUCUGUCUUUAACUAGUCGAUAAUUCAAAGUCCAAAAUAAUAGAAUUUCAUAAAGUUCCGAGUCAGGGACAAUUUUUUUUUUCAUCGAAAAUCAAAAACGAAUACUCAACUUAGACUUUGUACAAGUAUCUCAAGUCGUGCUUUACUGUCAGCUGUUCUGCUUAUUGUAUUCUAUAUACUUCAUGUUAAAAGACUGACAUUUGAUCGUGAACGAAACAACGUGUACAAUUUUCCAAACCACACACAGUCUCUUGUGCCGAGGUUGGCUGAGCGGGGGAUACAAUGACCCCCCCCCAUCUCCAAGCUGAGCUCAAAGGACUGCACGUGGGUGGAGUGUGGCUGGCAGGGAGGGCCCUUUUAGUGUCACUGCACUGAACAUGUCUGGAAACUUGUUGGUUUUUCAGAGCACUGUGUGGAUAACGUGUUAACAAACUUAUGGUGCUAGUUGGGAUUUGGUGUGACAAAAUAAUCUAGCUCUAGAUUGCAGCCAUUUACAUCUGGCAAGUCCUUGACAGUUACUGUAUCAUGAGCACAAAGAUUCAAAGCCAAACAAUAUGUAUAAUUUAAUAAAGCUCCAAGCAUAUUGCAAUUUCUGUGAAUGAUGACCCCUCCCGGUAGAGACCCGAAGUUGUAAUCAAAAUAAUUAUGUAUAUGCCAUUUAUGUAUAAAUACAAUAAUGUAUUCACAUUUGUUGUGCUGUCCAUUAUAUAGUAUAUGUAUGUGUGAAAUGUAUGUACUCAUUUACGGUGCUAUAUUAUAUUUCAAUUGUUUUAUGCCUUAGAGGUACACAUAAGUGCACCACCAAAACGUCACCUGUUAUGAACUUUGUCCACCAUCAUGUCCACUCUGACCACCACCAUGUCAGCUCCGACCACCGGCAUAUCAGCUCUGACCACCAAUAUGUCUGUGGCGUCGAAAGUGACAAAGUGUUUGCUAUUUUGAAAAUAUGCUGUUGCAAAAUAAACUGAAU